AUGGCUGACCAAGAUCAUCCCCCUAAACCAAAGACACCCACAGAGGAUGAUGACAAAUCAGAAGCACGCACAUCUGUGGAUGAUGGCAGGGCAUUUGGAUCGGAUAUCCCAAGAGAAAAUAUCCAAACCAAUGCAGAUCAGCAAAAGAAAGAAUAUCGUAAUGUCGGAGGUAGUGGUCAGGCUGAGUCUGAAUCUGAGCAAACAAAACCUACAUAUAAUCACAUCAGCCACGAAUGCGGAAACGGUGAAUCAGAGUUAGAGAAGAAGAAAGGCAACAAUGCUGAGAAUAGCAAAGUGGCAAGCAGUCGAGAAUCACAGGAAAUAAAUUAUAUAAAUUCUGGGACAGUACAAGGUGAAGUCGGCCACAUGGGGAGUGAACAAGAAGAGUAA